AUGGGCGAAAAGCAGAUUGAGGUUUGGGACCUGGGUUUCAACCGCUUACGCAACAAUUCUCUGGCGUCGUUCAAGGGCUUGACUCAACUACGCACACUGGAUUUAUACAACAACACAUUCGAAUCAAUAGCCGAUGGCGGAUUUGAAGGAGUGCCGAACCUGAGUUCACUGAAUUUUGGCAACAACCUAAUCGAAUCCAUACACGCCGGUGCAUUUAAUGGAUUGCCAAACUUAGGAGACCUGUUGCUGAAUUCCAACGAGCUACGAAACAUUUCUCGGGCGGCGUUCAGUGGAUUGACUCAACUACGCUUACUGGAUUUAUCCAAGAACAGUAUCGAAUCCAUACACGACGGUGCAUUUGAAGGAAUGCCCAACCUAGGGACACUUGAUCUAGCUAGUAACCCGCUCAUCUGCGACUGCCACCUGCAAUGGCUUAAGAAAACAGUACAAAGCGGCCAGCCCCAGCCCAAAGUAAUCGGCGUGUGCAGUCAACCCGCGCACAUGAAGGGACGUGAUUUAGCGAACGUCACCCAAGCGGAUUUAACCUGCAGGACGCAGACUGGUGCAGCGUUUUAACAUACGAUUCACA